AUGGCUGUACAUAUGCCUGACUCCAUGUUGAAGUGCCUGUACGAUCACUUGACCUUAUCUCCAGCAGAGUUAGUCAAGAAGAGAAUACGUGUCUUCAGUGAGUGGACGAGUUGGGCAAAAGAUUUGCAGCGUGAUGAAAUUGCCUUGAAAAACCCCAUGAACCCUGAUGCCAGAGUGUUGCUCACACAAAAACGAAUCAUGCUGAUGAAGAAGGUGGCUCAGAGCAUGGCAUGGCCAGACCUUGCCGUCUUUGAUGAAAUGUCUCAGGGUUUUCGAAUUUCCGGGUUUGCCACUAAGUCGAACAUUUUUCAAACAGGCUUGAAAGCUGCUUCCAUGAGCGAAGAGCAACUCAUGAGGGACACUAACUUCAUGAGGCCGGCCUUGUUAGGAAAAAUCCGAUCGCAACGGGAUGACGAAUUCUCGCGUGAGUUGUUUGAGAUGACGGUCGAAGAAGCUUCGAACAAACGCUGGUUGCAGGGACCACUGACCCCCACUCAGGUCAGCGACGUGGUUGGUGAUAAGUGGAUGCCCGUUCGCAGAUUCGGAAUUUUGCAAAAAGAGAAGUUGAGACCCAUAGAUGAUUUUAAAGAAAAUCAGGUAAACGACACCUUUUCGCGCGCAGAGAAGGUAACGCUGUAUGCUCUUGAUUACUUGAUUUGGGCCGUACUUGCAUUGGUUCGUUUGUAUAAGAGUGGAGGGGAGUUUAGCUACACCUUGUCCACAGGAGAGCGGCUUGUAGGUCACGUGCACCAAGAUUGGCUUUCUUGCGACUCCGAAUUUCUCAUCACGGCCCUUGAUUUGAAAUCUGCUUAUAAACAGCUUCCUUUGCACCCUAAGGACCAGGCGAAAGCUGUUGUGUCUUUGUGGAGCCAUCAACACAACGAUGUGCGGUGCUUUGUAACUAAGACUCUCCCUUUUGGGGCUGCAGGCAGUGUUCGCAACUUCCUUAGGGUUAGUGCCUUUCUACACGCUGCUGGGUGUCAGUUAGGAAUUUUGUGGAGCAACUACUUUGAUGAUUUCCCUAUCGUCACGCACCAGAAGAACACUUCUUCAACGAUGGUGGCAGCAAAGGGAUUGUUGUCUUUGUUCGGUUUCACUUAUGCCCAAGAUAAGCUGAACCCUUUCGGUAAGCAAACCGAAGUGUUGGGGGUGGUUGUGGACUUAGCUGACACACCGAAGGGCGCUGUCCGAGUGACCAACAAACCUUCUCGCGUGGAUGAUUUGACAGUUGCCUUGAAUGAUAUUCUCGGUGCUGGAAGUGUUGUUCCUUCUCAGCUUCCGAGUAUUUUGGGUAAGCUGCAAUAUGCCGACGCUCAGGUUUGGGGUAGGGCAGGCCGUUUGGCCUUGGCUCAGUUGAGGGAGUUGGGUCACACUUCCACUCAGCGUGUGCAAUUGGACCCUUGCCAGUUGCAGUCCUUUGACAUUCUCAAGCGGAGAUUGUGCAGCGGGAAACCGCGAAAGUUCGUGGCCGAUGUUGUGGAAAAGCCUUGGAUCAUAUUCUCGGAUGGAGCCCUCGAGUACAAAGAUGGAAAGGCAAUUGCUACCAUAGGAGGGGUCGCUUUUCCUCCAGGAGGCAGGCCUGAGGUCUUUGGUGGCUUUGUGCCGGAUGAUCUCAUGAGUCGUUGGCAAGCCGGGGGAAAGACGCAUGUGAUAGGUCUUGUUGAGCUUUAUGCCGGGAUUGUCUCUUUGCUUCAUUGGAAGCCUCGCAUCACUUCGUCAAGGGUGAUCUUGUUUGUUGACAAUUGGCCAGCUCUCGAUGUCCUCGUGAAAGGCACUUCAAUAGAGCCUGAGUGGAGGGACAUGCUCUUGUGUAUUGAGGACCCAGAAGAGGACCAGUUCAUGCUGUGGUUGGCCCGCGUUCCGUCUCCUUCAAACCUCGCUGACCACCCCAGCCGCGGGAUCUCUUCCACAUCUGCAGGACUAAACUUCAACGUCAGCACGCCGGAUGGACAGGUGCUCCAACUGACUUGUCCAGAUGGUGUUUCUGCAGGGAUGGUGGUGUCCUUUGCGUGCGCCCACCAAGCUGUCAACAGAAAGAGCGUGACGUUGGACACGGCAGGAACUGAAAGCAUUGCAAUGCAUGAAGAUGACCGUUUGCGAUUGGAGGAAGGAGCAGCCAUUGCCGCGGUGUUGUCCCAAGUGUUCCUCACAGCCUUGGGGCCACUUUACACUGUGUACCUCGGUUCAGCCGAAGAUGGUACGUACAUUACAAAGAAUUGUGAAGAGUCCGAUUUGCGGGCGUUCUUUGGCUGA